AUGAACGGCUUUAGCACCGAGGAGGACAGCCGCGAAGGGCCCCCCGCCGCCCCCGCCGCCGCCCCGGGCCACGGCCUGAGCUGCCUCCUCAUGGAGGAGGGCAACGCCUUCUUCAGGAGAGUCCAGAAGAGCAUCUCGCAGAAGAAACUCAAGCUGGACAUCGACAAGAGCGUAAGGCAUCUGUAUAUUUGCGAUUUUCACAAAAAUUUCAUCCAGAGUGUACGAAAUAAAAGGAAGAGGAAGACAAGUGACGAUGGCGGAGAUUCUCCUGAGCAUGACACUGACAUUCCUGAGGUUGAUCUGUUCCAGCUGCAGGUGAACACUCUCCGACGUUAUAAACGACACUACAAAUUGCAGACCAGACCAGGCUUCAAUAAGGCCCAGUUAGCAGAAACUGUCAGCCGACACUUCAGGAACAUACCUGUGAAUGAAAAGGAGACCCUUGCUUACUUCAUCUACAUGGUGAAGAGUAACAAGAGUAGACUGGACCAGAAGUCAGAGAGUGGCAAGCAGCUUGAGUGAUGACGAAGCACACCUUCAAGGAAUGAAGUAUAAUACUUAAUGCACAGGUGACAUCUGCUACAUUUAAGCCCAUAAAGACUGUUAAAUUUUAUUGUAAAUAAAAAAGUUUGAAUAAUGAAUACUGUAAAUCUUUUCGGGCAGGAGGAUUAUAUUCUCAUGAUUCAGCAUGUUUAUACACAGACUUUCUUUUAAGGCAACUACCGGACUAAAAAAAUCACAAGAUCGGAAAAAGAAUGAAAGGAAAACAAUGCAUUACUGCAUUCUACAGCGCAUUAAGUCAAUUCUGCUGGACACAUGGGAUGACAGAUAUUUUGGUAGUCACCUUGUAGUUCCACGCAACCGCUUGUGAGGUAUAGCCCCGGACCAGCAGCGAGGUACGGCUGGCAGAGAGGUGCAUGAGCAAACGUCUGCCAGGGGCGUAGACGCCACGCUUUGUCGAUUAUCAGCAAAUCAUUUGAGCCUGGCCCCUCACCGGCUCUGUGCUGUGCACACAGUAGGCACUCAGGCAGGGUUUACCGACACAUCCAACUGUAACUAGCAGAGCCAGUCUUGGGCUUCCCACCUCUUGGUAUCAAGGCCUCUGCUGUUCCUGUUGCUCACCACUUCACUUCUAGAGCGUGAGGAAGUCCUGAUGCACCAGCAGGAGGUUUCAGGUCAGACCGGGACUCCAGGGCAGACUUAUGUGCCAAGCUGUAUUUGUGGAGGUGCCAGAAACCCUGAUGCAGAGUCCCUCCUGGGAGCCGUGGCCCGUUGUGCACCCCUCCACGCUUCAUACUUCAGGGUGAAGUGAUGUACUGGGACUUCAGUCAUUCUCCUGGGCCAGAAAUGCUUUGACACAUGGAGAUAUUUAGUGGUUUGGGGCUCUUGUUUUCAGAAAUACUAAUCCUUAAUUAACAGCCACAAGGAAGCUGCCAAGGACCAGGUGGUUUCUGCUCCGAAGUCCAGCUCUGGGAUAGAAAGUCUGACCAGCUUUGGCCUCCUUGGGGGUCAGCAACAAAUCAUGGGUUUGAGCAACACAGGUCAGUGCCAUCUGAUGUUCAUUUUUGUGAGCAAUUUGCCUCUCUUUUAGGGGGAAGGUUGCUAAAGUGUUUUUUUUUUUUAAGUAUUAAUAAUUACCUGAUUUUUUUUUAUGUUCAAAACUUCAGAUUCCUCUAUCUAAUUAUAUCAGAGCCAAAGUAUCCUUUGAAAACAAAGCUUUAUAUCCAAAAGUAUGCUUUUGCAAAAUUUUCUAGUCAGUGUAUUGGAGGGCAGAGGAUGUGGACAGGGAAUGGGAAGAAAAGAGAAGAAAGGACUUGAAUUCUAAUUUCUGACCACCUUGACAAAAGUUGUGGUCAAAGGUACCGCUUUCUAACUCAGUUUUCAUUCUGAGUUCUUCCUUAAGCCUUAAAAAAUAGAAGCAGCACUGGACAGCAUAGCCUGGCAGAGUGUUUUAGUGUCUCAUAGAUGACUUAAUCUGAGCAUCCACACAGAGAGGUCAGAACAACCCCCAACACAUACACACCCAGCCGGGUGGUAGAGUGGCCAAAGGUGUCAGUUCCACGGAGCGUGCUUUCUGUGGACAGGGCUGGGGCCACCACUGUCCCUCAGUAAAGCACCGUGUGUUCAGGUGCAGCCCAGCUUUCACCAGUGUUCACCACGCAUGUCCAGCAGAUUGCAGCCUUUUAAGAUAUGUAUAAAUGAAUGUACAUAGAGCAUACUUGAGACUGAGUGGAUUUUAUUUUCAUACACCUGGCCAUGGAUGGCACAUCAGGGUGCUCUGUGUGUGUUUUCAGUUGUGCAGAUUCAAUAGGUGUUUAAAGAGUCUCACUACUCACAGCUGAAGGCUCUUGAUGUGUGGGCAUCAAGAAGGCUCUAAAGUAGAUUUUUUUUUUACCCCUGAGGAGCUGAGUUAGAAUGGCUUUGAAGGCAUCAAACACCAAGCCCCCUUUAUCCAAGAUAGUGUUUUCUCCUCAGGCUGGAGUUAGGGGGCAGAUAGGCUUAGGACAUUGGGAACCUGCUCUCUGGAAAUGUCCACAACUCCUUGAGAAAAAAAGUGUAUUUUUCUGAUGUUUGAACCAGAGUUGUGGACGUGUAGGUCAUGUCACUGUUUCUUCAACAGCAGAUCUGUGUUCCCAGUUAAGAGACAGCAAUGCACUUCUGUACAAGAAGCUGUGGUAUUAGGUCCCAUCUGUUCAAGAGUGGCUGUGAGAGUGCUUUCGUUCCCACAUGAAGCCUGGGAAGCUUCCCCCUCAGCCAGAUGCUGUGCGCCCUCAAAUCCUGUGCCAGCUUUCCUCUAAGGAGAGGGCCUUUGGAGCAUGGAAGUUGUGGGUGUCUUUUCAACCUUCGAAAGCAUCUUAGAUGAGAGAAAAGACAAAACUCUCUGAGCUUGUAUUUUUCUUGUGUGCAGAAAUCUAUUUCAUCAGACCAGUAAGCCACUUGCCUUAGCCUCUUCUGCAGUUUCCCAUGGUUUGAUCUGGAGCAGGAGACGUCUACCUGUUAGAGGUGGCCAACCCUCCAAAGCAACCAGGUCUGGCUGUGGGGAGCAGUGGGGCUUGGGGAGCGCAGCGCUCAUCGUGGCUGCCUGCAUUUCUCUGCCACCCGGCAAGGACUCUGCUUCUCUCUACCUGUCACGUCGCAGCAUUGCCUUCUCUGCUGUUGGUGCUCCUGGGCAAAACUGGAAUAUGCAAUCCAGACUGGCUUUGUCUUCUUCAAGAGCAUGGCUCCUGCCUCAGUUCCAGCCUGCUUCGUUCUUUCCUGUGCCCUGAAGAGUGUGUCACAUGGAAUUGUCAACAUCUUGCCAUCCGUGUUGCUUCCUUUUAAGGUUUUUAAAAAACAAAUGGACAGACUUUAUUUCAGUGAACAGACUCUUAGGUUGGCAACAGCAUGUGAAAAAGAUCAUAGCCAAAUCCCUUGAGAGAUUGCAACCAAAGGAUUCAAGACCAGGGGUGUAAAAGGAAGAGGAAUUUCAUGUAUGUGAUGCAGCCGCCAAGUUGUUAGAUGUUCCUGUCAUAGCUAAAUAGUCACAGCUAGUCUUCCAGAGAGCAGAUAUGAAUAACUGCUUACAGCUGGAAUGUUGCAUCUAACCUUGGCAUUUCAGCUGUUUAUUUGUGGGAACUUUUUGUUAACAUCCUGGAGGGCACCUGCAUGGUAGGAAGGAGAAAGCCAGAGUGGGAACUUACUCAGGAGCCCAACCACAGAUCCCAGAGCUGUUACUGCACGGAAAUCAUCUGAGGACUCUGUCAUUACAACGACAAGAUCCAAACGUUGGGAAAGGACCUCUAAGUCAUCCAGUCCAGUCUCCCAUAGGUGCUGACAUUCUGCCUACAACCGUCCCACCAAGGAUUGAGCAUUCUGGGCUUAAACACCUCCGAGGACAGAGAACUCACUACCUCCUGGGGAAGCCUGUCCUAUCUUUGUAAACCUCUGGCUUUUCUGUGUUCUCAGUAAUUUCCAUCUUAGUCUCUGCCUAAUGGGGGCCAAGUAAGUUAGCCAAGGACUAAUCGCUGGCACCAUCCCAGGGUAUAGUGUUUGUCUUUGGGGAAGGAGCAGCUAGCAAACAGACACUUUGGUGUCUGAAUGUUCUCCCCUCUAAGUAUCAUUAGUCCAUUUAGUUCCUUAUUGAAGAUGUUGAGGAAACCCCAGUUAUACUCCCUCAGUCUUGCUAAAACUGAUGGAGGAGGUCAGGGGAGAAGACAGUGCUUCCAGAACUGCUAAAAAAAAUACCUUAGGACAGAAGAGGCCUUAGUUUUGUGUUUGCCUCACAAAACUUAGGAAAAGUUUUAGCUGGAAGAUUGUAAACUGUGAUCAUGCUGUCCUGGAGUUGAAAGCUUAAAUAGCCCCUAAGGACUUAUACCUUAAGAUUCCUGCAAGUACUGCACACACUGCUUUUAUGGAGAAAGCAAAGCUUAGGAACUUGGGGGAACCACAUGUCUCAGUGUCAGAGAGGUGCCAUAUUUUCAAGCUGGAAACUCCUUAAAGGUUGCCAUUGCCCAGUCAUUGAUUUUUAGAGAUGGGGAAACCAAGAUUCGAAAAGACUUGCCUGAAUGCUUUGGCAUCAUCUAGACCCACUUAGCGCUUGUUCACUUCACAACUCACAGCGUAGCUGGAACCCAUUCUGCAAGGGAGCUGCUUUCAGGUCCUUGAGACCUGCCCCUGAGCAGAGGUCCCCCAGGCCAGCCUGGCUCUCAGGGACUAUGAACCAACCUGCAGAACUCCAGGCUGUGAGACCUGACUGGGAAGGCCAUCAGUUGAGUUUUGUAAAAUGAAUGGGAAGGGAGAUCAGAAAAAGGCUGUACUUUAAGACCAAGGUUCCAGAGUCCUAGUGGGAAAUGUGGUGGUGUCCUAGAAUCUAAAUUCUCAUGAAAUGCGCUUGCCUUUCAGGUGGGUCAAUCAGGUGACCCUGACUUGAGCAGACACAGCUCUGUGGCCCUGCCAUUUGCUGCCCCCAUCCCUGUUAGCGAGAGAGACAGUUGAACUGAAGGACAGGUGAGCUCAAGACCACGCCCUGGGAAGCGUGGUGCUCUAGGGGUGCUUUUGUAUUCCUUUCAUUUUAUUACAGACUGUUUCCAAGUUCAUGGUUAGGAAGGGUAAAGUCAAUCCCAUUUUUUGAGGUGGAAUCCAGCCAGAGGCAGGGUGGGACUUUUCUUACAGUAGGAAUGUCUACAGUCAUUUCAUCUGGCUUGCAUCUUCAAACACAAACUCUUCAAUGGCUUUCAUUUAAUGAACAUAUCUUUGCCAAUGGCAGAGGCUUGUGCAGGAUCCCUGUUACACAUGUCUGUUAUCUGUUGAGCCCAUCAGAGUGUUUUAGGGGUGCGGGUUGGUUUGGGUUUGGUUUUUUUUUUUUUCCAUUUUGUAACUGCCUUAUCAAAAAGCAAGUGCCCUUCCAUUCCAGGCCUCUUCAUUGUACAUGUUUCCUGCCAAUUGGGGGGAUCAUUUGUAUUUUAAUUUUGUAAUCUAUGGCUCUGUACUGUUGAAAGGCUCUCAAUUCUGUGGGGUCUCCUUAGUAUGUAUAUGACUUUUCAUGUUGCAAUAUCACACAGAUGGGAUGGCCCGACUUUUGCUCUUAAUAAAUGAUCUAAAUGAGAAACAAGA